AUGUCUCCUCAGCAGCAGACAGUAUUCCGGUUGACGUCGGGCGGCGGCUUUGAGGGGUUGCAAGCAUUCAAAGAGCCCGUCCCGACCAUUGGCGACUACGAAGUCCUUGUCAAGAUUCACAGUGUUGCCAUCAACUACCGCGACAUUGCCAUAGCUAAUGGCACCUACCCGCUUGCGGUCAACGAUCAGGUCGUGCCUUGCACGGACAUGGCGGGACAGGUUCUUCAGGUCAGCAAGCAGGUCGACAACAUUGUAGUUGGCGACGCCGUGGUUGCCGCGAUUAGCUCUUCAGCAUUGUACGGUCCAAUGAAGGACGACAAACACACACUCGGAGGAUCCAAAGACGGCGUACUCAGAGAAUACAUCGUCCUGCCAGUACAUCAAGUUGUCAAGCUGCCUAGAUCGCUCCAUACCUUUACGCAAUGGUCCGCCGCGGUCGCCACGGGAACAACAGUAUGGAAUUGCUUUUAUGGCUGCUUGCCAUUAAAACCCGGCCAGACAGUACUUAUUCAAGGAACGGGAGGAGUCGCAUUGACCGCUCUCAUUUUCGCGAGGGCGGCUGGCGCAACCACAAUCAUCACGUCGUCCAGCGAUGAGAAGCUUGCAAAGGUGAAAGUCAAAUAUGGCGUUGACCACACGAUCAAUUACAAGACACACCCGAACUGGGCUGCUGAAGUACACCGCAUCACCGAUGGACAGGGAGCCAACCAUGUCAUUGAGAACGGCGGAAUUGGAACAAUUCGACAGAGUAUCGAGUGCGCUGCCAUGGGUGGGACCAUAUCCUUAGUCGGCUUCCUCGCAAGCAUACCCCAGGACCAGGUGCCCGACGUGACGCUAUUGGCACUUUCCAAAGGCGCCCUGCUGCACGGCAUUCUAGCUGGAUCCAAACAGCAGCUUGAGGAAGCCGUGCAAUUUAUUGGUAGCCGUGAUUUACCCGUGCCAGUGGACCGGACGUUCGCAUUCAAUCGGGACGAUAUCAUCGCGGCUUUGAAAUAUGUGGCAUCGGGUCAACACAUUGGCAAAGUGUGCAUAAACCUGAACUAG